GACUAAACGCUCGCACAGACGUCUUGUACCUCCUCCCACCUCUACGGGCCAGCAAGUACGACCAAGAUCGCGCCUUCACGCUAGUCACUAACCUGUACAAGAUGAAGAGGAAGAGACCGGACCUGUUCCAACAUCUGAAGCCGUCGACCGUUCGUGACGUCAUCGACAGGGGCGUGUGUGAGGUGCUGGAGCAGAGAGACAGCGAGGGGUGUAGGGUGGUCCUCAUGAGAAUAGGAAGAAGAGACCCAGGUGCACGGAAUCCGCUUCCUGAUCCUCCUACAGGGCACCACGUUGUCUCACCUGGGACAGCUCAGGCCGGGCUUCCUUCACCUGACCAAGGCUCUAGUACAGGAUGUGGCCCCAGUAAGACUGAAACACUUGGACUUCUUCCAUGAACCUCUGUUCUUUGGGGCUGCUUUCAAGCUCCUCAAGGGUAUACUCAGGACAAAGCUGGUCAGACGGGUCCUUGGACCGAAGCGCUGUUUGCAUCAGAGUGGAUGUUUGAAGAAGCAUUACAGUACGGCUACGUCACGUAAAGACAACUUUUUCGUUUUAGGAAGUGUUUUACGGCACUUUCAACACUCAAUAAGUGAUAUUAUUAUUAUAUGUCAUGUAUACGAAGUGGCGAAGAUCAGAGGCAUUGCUAGAGAACUUUUUGUUUUUGUUUUAGUA